AUUUGUCGCUCGAGAAUUUAAACUUGACUUCUCCCAAAGUUAUACUAAAGCGACAAUGACCUUGUGUUUAUAUGUUUAUUGCCCAUCAAUGUAUGCAAAUAACCGAAAAAGAACCAUCAUAAGAUUACUCAACAACUUUUGUAGCAGCAAUAAAUUAAAAAUCCGCGAAGAGUUCCGCUGAAGAAUAGAAAGAUGCUAUCUAUUGAUGACGCGCAAAAUAAAAAUAGACUUUUAUUUUACUAAAAAUUGAAUAAACUCUUCUUCUGUUUUGUUAUAAAUCUCACGUAGAAUAAAAUAAAGAAAGAAUUUAUAAAACGCAAUGAGGAAUUCCGGUAAGUCAAGUUGCCGUCCAAUUGUCUGGGUUAUCGCUAAAUAUUUUACAUUGCUCGGGAGUUCUUGGUAGAAGCUCGAGUACGUGUUUAAAUAAUUAUUUCUAUUAUUUUUUAUACUUUUUUUUUAAGAAAAAAAUCAACUAAUGUGUGCACAAGUAAUUACGACAAUCAUUUCAAUUAUUGUAUUGAGUGUGAAGGUUCAAAUUUAUUUAUUGAAAAUCACUCGGCAAAAUUGUGUGUAAUAAUUUUUUUAUUUAAAGAUUUGAAUUUAGAUUGAAGGAUUUUACUGGAAGAAAGGUCACAAGGAGAUUGAACUUGAUUAAAAAAAUAAGUUCUGAUGAACAUAAGGACCUGAUCACAAUCCCCAGGUGGGGAAGCGAUACUAAAUAAGCUUGAAGAUAAUAAAAAGCAAAAAAGAAGAAAUACGAAAGCAUGUUGUGAUUUUACGUACUACAAAAAACUGGUGUAUUUAAGGCUGAUAAAAUUCUCAUUUAAUAAUUAUCCUGUGGACUGAACAGACGUAUUUGAUGUCAUUCGAUACAAAUUAUUUAUUCAGUGACUUUUAACUUUUAAAACUUGUUAGUCAUAAAUAGUUGAAAUGAAUUGGAUUUUAUUGUUUAUCGCGCUUAUAUUACCGGCAAACGUGUUUUGUUUUUUACGAGAAUUAUUAUUUCCACGGAAGCCGAUUUUGAACCGCGUUAGGACCAGGGAUUCCCUUCAAGCAAGACUUGCUGAUGACACUGCUGUUUUGGACUUUGUCGGCUUGGUACAACAAUACAACUACCCAGCAGAAGAGCACAAUUUAACAACCAAAGAUGGCUACAACUUGAUCUUCCACAGGAUUCCCGAUAGCCCAAAGUCAAAGUCAUUAAAAAAAAAAUCAGUUGUAUUUCUUCAACACGGAGUUUUUGGUUCCUCCGACUCAUGGGUUCUUAUAGGACCUGACAAAGACCUUGCUUUUAUCCUAGCAGACCAAGGAUACGACGUCUGGAUUGGCAAUGUCAGGGGUAACUCUUACUGUCGUUCACACCAAGAGCUAUCAACGUCAGGCCGUGAUUUCUGGAAAUUCAGUUAUCACGAGAUCGCAAUAUUCGACGUAGCUGAAAUGAUCGACUACGUUUUGAACGAGACAAACGAAAAAUCGCUUACCUACAUCGGUCAUUCAAUGGGUUCGACCGUGAGCUUUGUUCUUCUUUCGGAAAAACCGGAGUACAAUGAAAAAAUAAAAUUACUGCUCAACCUUGCGCCAGUCGCUUAUUGGAACGCUAUCUCUGAAAGAGCUAUUUAUAGCGUUCUUGCUAAGUACAGAGAUUUGUUAAAGAGAUUUCUUGAAUCAAUUGAAGUUUAUGAUUUGAUGCCGCAAAGUUCAACGAAUAAAAUUCUAGCUAAAGAAUUUUGCCGUGAUAAUCUUCCGACACAAGAAAUAUGUGUUGCUUUAAUUUUUGCAAAUGUUGGGAUUAGUCCUCAUCAGCUUAAUAAGACAAUGUUACCUUAUCUUUUGAGUUACGUUCCUGCUGGAAGUUCAGUAAUGGUACUUGAUCAUUAUGGGCAAAAUAUAAUACAGAAAUCAUUUAGUCAAUAUGACUACGGUUAUAUCGACAACUUUAAAAUAUACGGGAAGAAAAGACCACCAGCUUACAAUUUAAAAAAAAUAACAACCAACGUUGCACUAAUUUAUUCUGACAAUGAUUACUUCACUCCAGUCGAGAAUGUAUUAGAGCUGAAGAAAAGGUUGCCAAAUAUCGUGUUCUUCGGCAAAAUAGACUACGAUACUUUCAAUCAUUUAGACUACCUCUUCGCUCAGGACGCUAAGGAGCUCCUGUACAAUAGAAUAACAAAACUUAUUUCUCAGUAUGAUCAAUCCUCCUUAUUUAUUUAUUGUGAUAUACUUGGAUUAACUAUGCCAUAUACCCGUUCUAACUGUAUUAUAUUUAUCUUAUUUUUAUCUUUAAUAUAUUCAGUGAAAUUGUUAUGGUGUUUGAACUUGCUUCCGCAAGAAAGGAUGUUGAAAGUUCGAACUCUUAAAGAAGCUAAUAGUAGCAAUACUGUAUUAGAUUUUAUUGGAAUAGCUAAAGAAUUUGGAUACAAAGCAGAACAGCACAAUUUAACAACAAGCGACGGAUACAUACUGCAGAUAUUUAGAAUUCCAAAGGGAAAAUUUCACUACCAAGAAGAAGGAAAUGGUAAACCAGUUAUUUUAUUAGAACACGGGCUUCUGGCUUCAGCUGACAUUUGGGCAGCGCUUAGACGAUCUCUUGUGUACGUUCUGGCUGAUGCUGGGUAUGACGUCUGGCUUGGAAAUGUCCGGGGAAAUUGUUACGGUCGUGCUCAUAAAACUUUGUCACCUGAAGAUCCUAAAUUUUGGAAUUUCACUUUUCAUGAAUACGGUGUAAUAGAUUAUGCAGACACAAUAGACUACGUACUUAAAACAACGAAUAAAACUACUCUAACUUACAUCGGUCAUUCAAUGGGAGGAACUUCAAUUGUAAUAUUACUGUCUGAAAAACCAGAAUUCAACGAAAAAUUGGAUGUUGUAAUUGCUCUAUCGCCUACGGUCUACUGGAAGAAGAAAGACCCUUUGAGGAAUUUAUUUACAAGCACAUUUUAUGGAAUUGGACAAAUGAUCGACCCCACUGGUAUGUCCGAGUUCUUGCCUCAAAGCACUUUGGUCAGAAACUUACUUACAGAUUAUUGCGAAGCUUUAAAUCUUGUAGAUGCUUGUAUUCUUAUAUUGAAAUUAUUUCUUGGAUUUGAUGAUGAGCAAAUGGAUAAUAAUGAAAUGAUAUAUUUAUCAAAUUAUUAUCCAGCUGGAACUUCAACAAAAUCAAUGUAUCAUUACUGUCAAUGUGCAAUAACUGGUGAAUUUAGUAAAUAUAAUUACGAUAAAAAUAAUAUUAAUUAUUAUAACCAAGAAGAACCUCCAGCUUACAAAGUUAAAAAUAUAAAUGCGCCGAUGGUAAUUUUUUACGGUGAAAAUGAUCCACUGAGCACUUUGGUAGACAACAGAGAAUUGAUAAGACGCGUGACGAGUAAUGUCACUCUAAUAAAAAUAGACUACAACAAAUUCACUCAUUUGGAUUUUGUAAUAGCCAAAGACGUGAAAAAAUUCUUCUAUGCAAAACUUAUCGACGUACUAUCAAAAUAUAAUUAAGAUUAUUUUUUAAUAACUAGAUAAAAUUGUAAAUAUAAUUUUUAAUGUAUUUUAUAUUAUCUGUUAAGUCGAGCUACAUUAAUGAUAAAUCUUACAGUAAAAGAUAAUUUAAUAUUCUA